AUGAUGCUCAACUUUCCCCUCCGUUCUUUGCUCCCAGUCGUCGCAGUGGCUGUCCUUACAGCUGUUAAAGUUGCUGAGAGUCAGAAGGUUUCUGUGGACAUUGGGACAUCCUCCACCCCAACUCCAGUCUAUCCCACCGUCAACUUUCAGGUCCUCAAUGUGGACCAUGUGUUUCUGAGGCAGGACAGUCCUGGGCCGUCAGGGAACUCCAGCUUGAAAGCUCAGACUGAGACUUUCUUCAUCACCGGUAGAGGCGCUGGGAUCCUCCAGCCAGCUGUAAACGCUUCAUACGGCCCCCUGACUGUGGAUGCCCCCAUUUCUUCAGACCUGCUCCUCAGUGGGCGCCGGAUCCUGCCAGUCAUCUUGGUCCGCCAGGUUCGUUCCUCAUCCCCUGUUGUCAAGAUUCUCUUCCACAUGCCGACAGAAAGUAACAUCACUGUUGGGCAAGAACGGAUGGGGUCUGCAGAGGAUGAUGGCAGGAAAAGUGCUGGAGCCAAGGCAAAGGAUGGAGCUCACUGUGUGACGGCCUACGCCUUCUGGGAGACGAGGGAAGUUCGUGGUGCUUGCUUGGUGUCUCCAGGCGGAUUCUGUGUGGCACAGCUGAAGCCAGAACCAGCCUGGUUCAGCUCAGGCAGUCGAUCAGGAAGCUCUAGCAGGGAAGCAGGAAGAAGUGAAGGAACCAAGGGGCUUCAGGGGAACCUUGUGGAGGUCUACUUCCAGAGUCGCAGGGAUCAGACAGGCCAGUGUACCCCGCAGGACAGCCUGCAACGUGUCGGAGUGGGAAGAGGAAGAGACUCUGGGGGAUCGGGGACCCCAAUGAGGCGGAUAGGAAGUGUCAAUCUGCUCAGAACUCCACCAGGGAACCCCACCUUUUUUCGUCUGAGGCUGGGUGGCGCUGUGGUGAUCCAGACCUCUUCCAAGCCCCUGAAGGCUACAGACGUCGCAACUUUCUAUGUCUUCCUGGCAAGUACAUCUACUGUGGAAAGUUUCACUCUCAGGGCAACAGUGAAAACAGGCCUAUCAUUCAGUGCAGCGCGGCCCAGUGACUCGACGCUGUGGGACAUCUUGGUGGAGCCCGGCAGAGGAGCGACUCCCAACACCGUCUCUGUUGUCUGCCAGAGGAAGGUAGCUGUCACCGCAAAGAGGGGUCUUCUGGAAGUUUUACAACUGGACUUUGUGCCAAAUGAUGUUUCCGAGCAGGCUGAGAGUCAGACGAUCUCCUGGCGUCUGGAGUUGCCAGCGAACAUCAAGGAUGUGGGCAUGAUGCGGAUCUACACAACUCAGAGAGACUAUGUGGGGCUUGCACCACUGAUCAUGAACACCGACAUCUUGAAUACGGCUGUGCUUACGGGUAAAAUGGUGUCGGUACCUGUGAAAACUCUGGCUGUGGAGGCCGAUGGCUCAGUCACCGAUGUGACCAACUACACCAGCUGCAGGUCCACAGAAGAGGAUGUACUGAAGGUGUCAGAUCGCUGUGAAUAUGUGUUUGUAAAUGGGAAGGAGACAAGAGGAAAGAGCAAGGUGAUGCUCAACUUUACUUACGGUUUCCUGAGCGCCCAGCUGGAGAUGAGUGUAUGGAUGCCUCGCCUGCCCUUGCUCAUCGAUGUGGCCGAUCCCGAGCUCAGCCAGAUCAAAGGCUGGAGAGUCCCCGUUACUACAGGCAACAGGAGGUCGACAUGGGACAGUGAGGAAGAGGAGGAGAUGAGGAAGGGCAGAGGUUGCAUGCUGCAGUACCAGCACUCCACACUCAGGGUGCUAACACCAUUCAUAGCUCAGGCUGACCCCGAGGUGCCGCCUGACCCGCUAACUGGUGCAGAGCCAGUGGAGUACUUCAUGGGUCCCGACUGGCAGGUGGAUGUGACCAAUCUUGUACGCUAUUCUCUGAAAGUGGCAGAUCCUGAUGUAGCCAGGGUGCAGGAUGGAUCGGUGUUGCAGGGACGGGCUGUUGGCACCACAACUGUACAGGUGUUAUCCCCUCUGACAUCAGCAGUCCUGGCUGAGAGGAGCAUCAGGGUGCUGGAUGAUAAAGUGAGUGUGACAGAGCUGGGCGUGCAGUUGGUAUCUGGACUCUCUCUGUCCCUGCAGCUCAGUCCGGGGAGCACCAGGGCCAUUGUCGCCACGGCAACCACACGGGAGACGAUCACGCAGCUCAAACAGGAAGCAGUGGUCAGCUGCUGGGUGCAGUUCAGCGAUGGUGCAGUCGCUCCGCUGGAGCUGUUUGACCGCAGCAUCUACUCUCUGACAGUUUCUACCCCAGAUGAGGGGGUGGCCACGGUACGCCGGAUGCCUCAGUCCACAUUUUUAGUAGCGCAGGGAGAAGGUGGAGGCCAGGGGGCGCUGGUGAGAGUGGAGCUUAGGAUCUGCGAGGAAUGCCAGAAGUCCAAGAGGAAGAGCAAGUUGGCAGUGGGCACGGGGCUCCUCAAGAUCAACUUUCAGAGCAGCAGAGGAGUCAUGGCAGCAGGAGGUGAUGAUGGUGUUGGUAGUGAGCUCGGCACUGACUUAGAUAAAGAUUAUGAUGGCGGUGCAUCAGAGUUAGUCGGUGAGCUUCGGACGACAGUGACAUCACAGCGGGCUGUCACAGAUGUGGACAAAUGGUUGUUCAGAGGUACAGUACGUGACCAACAAGAGGUCACCAUGGGGGAAACAACGACCCAGACCACAUUUUCAACAAAAUCGGGGCAGCCGUAUGUUGUGUGGAUUGGAACAACAACCAGAGCUACAAGAGGGACGACAAAUAGUGUCACAACCACAACUGCCGCUACAACUACGAGCACAGCCAGACCUGUAGAAACAACAGCAGUGAGUAAAGGGGAAGGGCAGAAGAGAAGCUAUGGAAACAUGCUUGACAACCCCAAUGUACCCCCGAAUAAAGACAUCCCUAAAGCUGAGUCGACACCCAAGAAGGAGUCUAAACCUCCAAAGGUGAUCGAGAGCGACCUCAUUCGGACAUUCAGGGCCAUGUCCGACAUGGAGAUCGGCAUGUAUGCUUUGGUGGGGGUCUCCUGUGUCGCCAUCUUUGCAUUUUUGCUCAACUGUGCUUCGUAUAACCUCUGUUUUCGGAAUCACAAGACCCCCAUACAGGCGGGCCCGCCACCCAUCGGGGACCAGAAGGAUCACAAGCACGACUGGGUGUGGCUGGGGAGUAACGGUGACAGCGCACCAGCCCCCGGGGCCCCGGUUCAAGUGUCCACGCUGAAACGCGAACCUCACCGCCCUCUUGAGUCCCGUCACUCCAUGGACUCCAUCGGCCACCGCAACCUGGAGGGCCCCCUACCCACCGUGAGCGCCCCCGCCGUCCCCGAAAGAACUGCCACCCUGGGCCGCAGCAGGACCAGCUCCCAGCAGCAGUUUCAGACAAAGGCCAUCGACCCCAUGGCGAACCGCUCGGCCACUUUGCUGGCCAGGCCGCAUCGCAGCGAGCCGCUUCAUUCCCCCACCAGUAAGCGCAACCAGGUCCAGUUCACCACCUUCACCACGCUGGACAUCAAGCACUUGGCUGCACUGAAGAAGAAUGGCGUGGACUUAAACUGGGCCAACCAGCAGAUGCAGCAACAACGGGCCCCCGUCGAGCCCCAGGCCCCUUUACCUGACAUGCCGUGGCCUGUAGUCAAACCUAUAGGAGAGCCCCAGUAAGGCUGUCGGGGUGUUUCUGUGUGUUUGUAUG